AACAAAAUCUGUUUGCAUAAAGCUCCGUAGGGAGGAGUUUACGCUUUCCGUUGUGCAACGUUUGCAUUAGGGAAUCGAUACCCGGGAAUAGAAGGAGUGAAGGUAGCAAAGGACAGUCAUUGUGGAUACAACCGCCGCUCUAAAACAUUCCAGCAGUUCAAUCAUUCCUUUAUCGAGUUGCAGUUUUGCGUAAAGCCUCAUACCUUCCGACUGACACUAGCAGACAGAAGGUUAGCUCACAGGUUGCAUAAGUGUUAUUAUUAUCAAACAAUGCGGUAGUGGUGAGAGCAGUGAAAAGAGAAGAGAAAGAGAGUAUCUGUAGAGAAGAGGCAACACUGUGGGUUACAGUUUUCUUUGUUGAGUUCCUCUGCAAAACUAAAGGCUAAAAGAUGUCUAAACCAAAUUACACAGGAACAUUUCACAUGGUGUCUCAAGAUAACUUCGAGAACUACCUAGCAGCUUUGGAGCCGAGUGAUAGAUCAUCAUGGCGCCUUAGCCUGUAAAUGACCCUGGACACAGACAGGGAUAUUAAUUUUGCCCUGCGGAAGAUAGUGUGUAUGUUGAAGCCCACUAAACAGAUAGUCCACGACCCGGCCACGGGCAGUAUGAAGAUCCGCACACUCACCACCUUUAAGGACUUUGAUAUGGAUUUCAAACUGGGUCAGGUCUUCACCGAGGACCUGGGACCUGUGGAUGGACGAGUCUGUCAGACCACAGUGGACUGGGAGGGUGAUAAGCUGGUGUGUGUUCAGAGAGGAGAGAAGGAGGGAAGAGGAUGGACACACUGGCUGGAGGGAGACAAGCUACACCUGGAGAUGAGAGUUGGAGAUGUGGUUGCCAGGCAACUCUUCAAGAAGGCAGACUGAAACCACUGGGAAGGAUCCCGUUCAUCAACUCAACAUUCAUGAUUCUCAUUAGAAAAGUCUAGGACUUGGUAUAUAAGUGCCAAAGUUAUACAAAUAUGAUCAUCAUUGUUUUAAAACCAUUACUUAAUGGACAACAUUUAAGAUAUUUUUAAUUAGUGUGCUAUUUCACUGUGGGAAAGAUUGUCAAUGAUCAGUUUUUUAAUGUUGUCAUGGUACUGUGAACUGUGUAAACAUUCCCAAUGUGUUUUCUCAUAUAUCACUACGAUAGUUCACAAUGCCAUUGAAUGUUCCCUUUUGUGUUGAAUGUGGCUGUUCUGUGUCCAAAUAUACCACCUGAUGCUCCACACUACAAAUACAGAUGUUGCCUCUU